AUCAUGACGUAUAAGAUUAAAUACUUUUAUCUUGUUCAAAUAUUUUUUUAAAUUAUAAAAGUAUUAUUGAGUGGAACAUGUGGAAUUUUACAGAAAAUUAACUGCCUAUUAACUUUUUAAAAUAUGUAUUUCCAACUUUUAUUAUACUUUAUAUUUUCAUUUAUUGCGGCGUUCAUUGUAUUGAUCGUGUCUAUUGCUGGAUUACGAUGGCACUACGCUAGCAAAAAGAGGAAAUGUCCAACUCAAUUUAGCAUAGCGUUUUUCCAUCCUUAUUGCAAUGCUGGUGGAGGUGGUGAACGUGUACUAUGGUGUGCUGUUAAUGCUGUUAAUACUGUGUAUCCUAAAGUAAAAAUUGUUAUCUACACUGGUGACUUGGAGGUAUCUCCAGUAGAAAUAAUUAAACGAGCAAAACAGAGAUUUAACAUAACUCUACCAAAUAAUUUAGAAUUUGUUUAUCUGCAUAAAAGAAAAUGGGUAGAAGCCGAAAAUUAUCCUUAUUUCACUCUUUUAGGACAAAGUCUUGGAUCUAUUGUCUUAGGAUUUGAAGCAUUGCGUUUAUUUCAGCCGGAUGUAUUCAUUGAUACGAUGGGUUAUGCAUUUACACUGCCAUUGUUUUGUCUCAUUUGUGGUUGUAAAAUCAGUUGUUACGUUCAUUAUCCAACUAUAAGUUCAGAUAUGAUAAAUAAAGUAAUUCAACAAAAAGGAAAACGUAGAACAAUAUCUUAUAUUAAACUUAUAUAUUAUCAAUUAUUUGCAAAACUAUAUGGUUUAGUUGGCUGGUUUGCUGAUUCUAUAAUGGUAAAUAGUUCAUGGACUGAGGAUCAUAUCAAUAUACUUUGGAAGCGACCCUUAAGCACUUACAAAGUAUAUCCUCCGUGUGAUACGUCUGAUUUACAAUGUUUGCCGUUAGAAAGACAUAAAACCAAAUCUGUGAAAAUUAUAAGUUUAGCACAAUUCAGACCAGAAAAAGAUCAUCCACUACAACUUAAAGCCAUGUAUCAUCUCAGACAAAUUGUCAAUGAAAAUGUAUGGGAAAAUAUUGAGCUUGUAUUUAUUGGUUCAACAAGAAAUCAAGAAGAUGAAAUGAGAGUUGUUGAUAUGAUGGAUUUAUGUAAGCAUUUGUCAUUGGAGAAUAACGUACGAUUUAAAGUAAAUAUCAGUUACGAUGAACUUAAAAAUGAACUAUCUGAAGGGUUGAUUGGCUUACAUGCGAUGUGGAAUGAACAUUUUGGAAUUGGAGUUGUAGAAUGUAUGGCUGCAGGAUUAAUAAUGAUUGCACAUCGUUCUGGUGGACCUUUAAUGGAUAUAAUUAUAGAAGAUGGCGUUGGACAAAAUGGAUUUUUAGCUUCGAAUGAAGUAGAAUAUGCACAUGCUAUACAUAAGGCGCUGUUGUUGUCAGAUACUCAAAAAUUGUCAUUACAAAAGGCUGCUAGGGGAUCAGUAAAUCGGUUUUCAAAUCAACAAUUUCAUGACAAUUUUUUGAGAGCAAUACAACCACUGUUUAGUUUAAAAAAAUUUAAAUAACUUAUUAUUUUUUAUUAGUGUUGAAUUAUAAAUUUUUGUUAUUUCUUUUAUUA